AGCCUUUUCUAUGACAGCCAAUGCUGUCACUUUCACCACACUGGGGAGCUGUUGUUUAUUUUUCUCUGGAAAGCACGUAAUCCCGAGCUGAUUGUGAAACCAUCGAUAUCAUGACUUCUUCGAUUAUUCUGGCAGGCUUGGGCCUGGCCGUGGUGGGAUACGGAGGACGAGCUUUAAUGCGCCAAAUGCCGAAUGCUGCUACAAAAAUGCAGGAAGCUCUUAAAAACCUUCCCAAAUUCGAUGCUGAAAUGAUGGCCAACUCGAAAUAUUAUCGUGGAGGAUUCGAACCGAAAAUGAGCAAACGCGAAGCUUCGCUAAUUCUUGGCGUAAGCCCGUCAGCUUCCAAAGGAAAGGUAAAAGAUGCCCACAAGAAAAUUAUGUUGCUUAAUCAUCCAGAUCGCGGAGGCUCACCGUAUUUGGCGGCAAAGAUCAAUGAAGCAAAGGAUUUCCUCGAUAAUUCGAAGUGAAGCAUCGCUUUGAACUGUGGUUAAAAAUGUACAAAGAAACAGGCUUUACGAUAAAAUAACAAGGGUAGACAUACUGAAACUAGA